GCAAAAGUGGCGGUUGGCCAGUUUCACUUCCUUCUUUGGUUUUGAAGCCUAAACCCGAACGGCUAUACCUAUACGUCAACUUCCCAGCUUCGUAGACUCCGACAAUGCGCAUAUCAGAACCAGGAGACUUUUAAAUGCAUGCUCGCCUCCACCGUUCUAUCUGUCUCCCUGGACUCAAUCCUUACUCUUCGUCUCGCGUCUCUGCUCAGUUUCUGUUACCGUCCGCUUCUCUUUCCACAAUGAGCUGUUCUUCGUUUUUGUCCCCUUCAAUUUCUGUCCAGAAGGUCGCCUUCUUCCACCCUCCGCAGCCCUUGAGGAGCUCGAGUUCUUCGUGUUUUUCCGGGUACAGAAAUGGAAUUCGGAGCUUCGGUGCUCGAAAUUUGGACAAAUCUAGGGUUUUUAUGAGCGUUUCGGCUGGAUCUACGACCGCCGUCGAUGACGUUUUGUUCCCCAGUUACAAGCCUACCUGCGCGUUUCUCUUUCCUGGCCAGGGUGCACAAGCUGUUGGAAUGGGUCAGGAAGCCCAAAAUGUGCCCGCUGCUGCAACCUUGUACAAGAAAGCAAAUGACAUUCUGGGGUUUGACAUUUUGGAUGUAUGCAUCAAUGGUCCAAAGGAAAAGCUAGAUUCAACUGUUCUAAGCCAGCCGGCUAUCUAUGUCGCAAGCCUUGCUGCUGUUGAAGUCCUUCGUGCUCGUGAUGGAGGUCAACAAAUUAUUGAUUCUGUUGAUGUCACAUGUGGUCUAAGCUUAGGAGAAUAUACUGCUCUUGCAUUUGCUGGAGCUUUCAGCUUCGAGGAUGGGCUCAAACUGGUCAAAUUAAGGGGUGAAGCCAUGCAGGAAGCUGCUGAUGCUGCUAAAAGUGCCAUGGUCAGUGUGAUAGGACUGGACUCAGAUAAGGUCCAACAGUUAUGUGACGCAGCAAAUGAAGAAGUUGAUGAGGCUAAUAAAGUUCAAAUUGCAAAUUUUUUGUGCCCUGGGAAUUAUGCAGUCUCUGGAGGCGUGAAAGGAGUAGAGGCUGUAGAAGCGAAGGCAAAGUCUUUCAAAGCCCGAAUGACGGUGCGUUUGGCUGUAGCCGGGGCUUUCCAUACCAGUUUCAUGGAGCCGGCUGUCUCGAGAUUGGAAGCUGCAUUAGCAGCAACAGAAAUCAGAACACCUAGAAUACCGGUCAUAUCCAAUGUCAAUGCGCAACCACAUGCUGAUCCAGACACAAUCAAGAAGAUAUUAGCUCGGCAGGUAACUUCACCAGUUCAGUGGGAGACAACAAUGAAGACUCUUCUCGAAAAAGGGCUCAAGAAGAGCUAUGAAUUAGGACCUGGAAAGGUCAUAGCUGGAAUUGUCAAGAGAAUGGACAAGAAGGCUGAACUCGAGAAUAUUAGUGCUUGACGCAGUCGCCAAGCUUCAUUCUACGUUUACCAUCAAAAUAAAAAUGUGAAUGUGCGGUACCCACUUGAUUCCACAAGCAGAGCGGCCCUCUUCAAGCCAAGCCAAGCCAAGCCAAGCCGAAAGGACAUUUUGAGAUCCGAGCUCUCGAGUGGGGAAAAAAUGUUUGGGAGCACAUGUCGGCUGUAGCGUACACUAAGUUAUGAUUGAGAAAGAAGACUAUAUUAUGGUGCGAUGAUUUUCGUGUAGUCCACAAAAAUUUAGUAACAAAGCUUGUCGUUUAUGACCAAAAUUUUCAGAUUAAUGCCUUCAAUUAAUCAAUCUCAUUGUACUUUGGUGGCCGUGA